GACAGUCAUAAGCGCCUUCAAAUGGCACGAAGGCACCCUAAAAUCUAGAAACAGCUAGAACAAACGCUCUACGCUAGGUGGCACAGGUAACCGCCUAAUACAACAAAAAUAGGCAUGGCUUCCACCAGUUUCCUGCCGUAAUCCUGCGCACGACGCUCUCCGCUCUUUCCGUCUGUCCGCGGCGCGCGGCGUGCUUUUGUAAACAAAUGCAAAUAUGACUGCUUCGCGCCUUUUGAAACAAAAAUCCGCUUGCAUACUGCCCGAACCAUGAACAGUGCAUCCGCGACAAGUUGACCGACUCUCUGUUCGUGUCCUCGACAAUGUCUGAUAUUGAGUUCGGCGAUCAGGCUGCGAGCUCGAGCUGCGCCAAGCACACCAGGCAACCGCGGCUCGUCUACCAGUCCGACCACUCGGAUGACUCUCCGGACGACAUCGACGAAACCUCCAGUAUCGGUAGCGCUUCUACGGCGGACAACACGUCGAGGAGCGAUACGCCGACCAACAGGCGUCGUGGCAAGCGACGCAGAAACAAAAACAAGCGCUGCAAGCUGCUCUACAAAUGCACCACGCACAUCAAGGAGGACCAUGGCCAGCCCCUGUUUGGCGUCCAGUUCAACCCACACCUGAAGGACGGUCUGUACAUCUUUGCGGUCGUCGGAAGCAAUCGGGUGACUCUCUACGAAUGCCUGGAGAAUGGAAGCAUCAAGUUGCUGCAGUCCUACUGCGACCCAGAUCCCGAAGAGAACCUGUACACAUGCGCCUGGUCGUACGACGAUGUCACGGGCUUCCCCCUGCUGGCCGUGGCCGGGUCCCGGGGCGUCAUCCGCAUCAUCAGCCCAGCAGCCAUGAAGUGCACCAAGCACUACGUCGGACAUGGGAACGCUAUCAACGAACUCAAAUUCCAUCCCCAUGACGUCAACCUCCUGCUGUCCGUCAGCAAAGAUCACACCCUCCGUCUGUGGAAUGUCAAGACGGACCAGUGCAUUGCCAUCUUUGGAGGGGUGGAAGGGCACAGGGACGAAGUGCUUAGCGCAGACUUUGACUUGCUGGGCCAGAAGAUCAUGUCGUGCGGCAUGGACCAUUCGCUCAAGCUCUGGAAGCUGGACACGGCUGCCUUUGCCCAGGCCAUCCGCGACUCCCACCACUACUGCCCCAGCAAGGCACACCGGCCCUUUGCUACAGUGAGGCAGCACUACCCGGACUUCACGACACGCGACAUUCAUCGCAACUAUGUCGACUGCGUUCGCUGGCUGGGCAACUUUGUUCUCUCCAAGUCGUGUGAGAACUGCAUUGUGUGCUGGAAGCCGGGGCUCCUGGAGCAGCUGGACGUGCGCCACACAGACACCAACACGACGGUGCUGCACCGCUUCGAGUACAAGGAGUGCAACAUCUGGUUCAUGCGCUUCUCCAUGGACUUCGAGCAGAAGAUCCUGGCCCUGGGGAACCAGGUGGGGAAGACGUACGUGUGGAACAUUGACGUGGACGACCCCACAACCUGCAGGAGCACGGUGCUGACGCACGCCAAGUGCGGCAGUCCCAUCCGGCAGACCAACCUCAACCGGGACGGAAGCAUCUUGCUGUGCAUCUGCGACGACGCCACCAUCUGGCGCUGGGACCGCAUCCAGCGUUGAUCUCACUCCGCGCCGCUCAUGCGACAAAAAUAAAAGAGUAGCCACACCA